AUGCCUUUGAAUAAACCCAAUCUGGUUUAUAAGCUUGAUCAUGCAGAGUACCAGUAUCACCUUUUGAAUAACACAGUAGCAGAGUUCCAUCCGCGGUUGGGAGCGACGGCCAAGUACUACAACCCACAGGGCAAGAAGGCAGCGCAGCGCGUGGAGAAGCUCUUGGCCGGGCUGACGGCCGACGGCCUGUUGCAGCAGAUAUCGUCGCUAAAGGCCGAGCUUCUGGAUCACAAGGUGCACCAUGUAGAGAGCAAGCUGAGCCAUCUGCUGGUAAAACAGCUCGAGAACCAGGCAACGGUGCUGCGCAAGAAUCCCAAGAAAGACGAGCAGCGCAACUCGAAGCUGCAGGUGCUGGAAGGUGUGCAGCGCGGGCCGGGCUUUGAGCAGUUUGUGCGCCUCAUUGUGCGCUCCAAGGUGGUCAAGAUUGUGCUCGGCAAGAUAUGCCCGACCAAGGCGCUAAAGAACGACCCGCCCGCGUGGUUCCAGAACCACCGCAUCCUCCAGCAGUUCGGGAACAAAGAAGAUGAAUGCAACCCCGGCAGAGUCUGGAAGGAGGUGGUGCAGGCAGUGGCAGGCGGCGAACAACUGGUCUCGCAGCUGCUGAGCACGAAAGCAGCGAGAGAUCUGCUGGCCGCGCUCGAGGCCAGCGUCGACCUCGUUCUUGGCACAAAGAAGGAAAGGCGGCAAAAUUCCGACGCUGCAGAGAAGACAGCCGUCGCUGCCCGGUCGGCUGAAGGCGAGGACGAUUCCAGCUCCUCCGACAAUGCCGCCUCAGACAUUGAUGAGGGUGCCGCGAGCGAGAGCGAAGAGGAAAACUCGGACGACGAGGCCGCCCGCAGCCCUUCCGUAGAUGAGGACGCACUGGUCUCACAGUACGCCGGAAUGCUAGCUGCCUCCGACGAAGAGGAUGACGAUCCUGAUGGAUACCACCUAGACCCGAAUGUCGACUACAACGAGGUCACAGACGAGGAACCUGACCAAUCUGCAGACGAGACAAUACAGCCGGAUGCCGACGACAGCAGCGACAGCGACAGCUCGGCGCCUCCGUUGAAAAAGCAAAAGACGUCCAAGACGAAGGUGCAGCUCCCCGCACUCAUGGCUGGCUACUACAGCGGUGACGACGACAGCGACGCGGAAGAACACGAUCUGGCCGGGAAAGCCGAACCGUUGGAACCACCAAAGCGCAAAAACCGUCGCGGCCAGCGCGCAAGACAGAAGAUCUGGGAAAAGAAGUAUGGCCGGAAUGCGAAGCACAUUCAGCAGCAAUUCGAAAAAGAGCGCGAAGAGCGCGCACGGAAACAGCGGGAAUACGAGGAGCGCGCCGCAAAACGUGCAGCCAAAGAGGCAGAGCUGGCAAGAACUCGUCCCGCGUUCAAGGAUUCCGCUAUCCGCGCAGCGGAGCCGGGUGCAGCAAAGUCCGCAGCAAAGCCUGUCGCACAGGAACUACAUCCAUCGUGGGAAGCGAAGAAACUUUCGCAGGAGAAGCAAAAAGCCGCGAAGUUCCAGGGUAAGAAAAUUGUAUUUGAUUGA